UAGUGGAAGGGGAUGGUAAUAUUUACAGCAAGCUGUUCGGCACACUUACAAAAGUUAAUGUGAAAGCAAAGUACCGGUACUGUGUACCACACCUCAAGGGAGGGAAGGCUAACCAAGGGAAGUACACUGUGUACAAAGGAAUAUGGUCUAAUUAGAACUAGAAUUCUCGAUACUGUGCACUAGUGUCUCAGUAGUUGAGCUCUCGAGCAGUGUAAGGAUGACUCAGCCUAUGCUCAGAUCAUCUUUAAUGCCUGCUAUGCUUAUUUACGUUAAAUUUCACAUGUUAUUUUAAGUCUUCAGUGUUUGGAGGUACAGGGUUACAAGCAAAGCGGCGGGGGGUGGGUGGGGGGAGAGAGAAGAGAAGAGAAACCAGGGGAGGGGAGGUUAAAACACACCAAAAUACCUGGAUCAAUCCUUCCUGCUCCCCAGCUGCUCUCUCUGGAAUAGCUUGUGCUCCUCUGCCCACUUCACUAAGGGGAUUCCUCCACAAGCACCAAUUAAUAAUUCAUUCAUAGGCUCCAGUCCCUUACCCUGCAUUGAUUUACUUAUGCUGCAUUUCCUUUCAUUCAUAAGCCUUUCCCCGUCCUGAUCUCUCGGAGAGCGACUCGGUGCAGCACUCAGCCAGGGAGGACGCUGCAAACGUGCCUUCGUGCCCAAGGACAUGCAACAUACGGCUCAGUUCAGUGUGCGAACCUGACCUAAGCCCGGGGCCUGGGAAUCCGCCGCUCCUGCGUCUCAGCUUGUCCCUUCGCCACGGAUCCGCUCUGUCGUCUUUUCAUCCGGUCCUCUUCCCCCUCGCGGCGACUCUGCGGCCGGGAUGCUCCGCUGGUUGCGGCGCGAGGGGCUGAGCUCCAGCCAUCCGUCUCCUCUGUAGGGCUGGGUGACAGAUGCUUGUCCUGCAGCAGUGAACGGUCUGAAUUGGCCAGGGCUCCGGGGUGGGGCGGGGGUGCACGCAGCCCCGCUCCCGCUCCUGCUAGCCCUGCUGAGCCCCUAGGGCAAUGUGCAUUGCUCCCUUUAGCUUCCCCCCGGGAAGGGCUGAGUCGCACUCUGAGCUCCUCCAGACUUUGCCUGGCACUUGGCCCCUGGUCCCUCUCUUCCUGCGCCUGCUUUGCGCUCUCCGGCUCUCCGCGCUAUCCUACUAAAAGACUGCUCCACUGAACCAGUGCCUUGGCUGACUUGAUCUGGGAUGAAGGCUGGAGCUUACCGGCGAGGGAAAGGAGACCUGUAGGCAGCUUUCCAUCUGUAAAGUGAGCAGUAAUUGCAGGGAGGCAGCCUCCCCGCUUGGAAUCAAUAGAGGCUGCUUGCUCGCUGCUAAGGGCACUUUGGAGCAGCAGCAGGGCACUGAAGUAACUCCAGCACACUGCUGACUGCGGAGUUGUAAAGAACUACAUGCAAAGUGGCUGCAGCAGUGCUGGAAAACGCUUCGCUGUUACCAAGGACACAAUAGUUUUUUCAAGUCAUUAGAGCUUUUUCUCUGGUUCUCUCCUUCCAUUAUCCAGAGAGGGCCAUUCCUGGGAGAGAUGAGGUUGGAGCUGUGAUUAUAUAUAUUUUUUUCCUCCCCAGCGCUGCUUUGGUGGGGGGUGGGGGAGAGAGGCUUUAGCAAGCAGCUCUGCUGCUGAGAUCAGCUCUGUUCGAAUUUCCCCAAGUCGUCUCAGCCUCUGAGAGAAACCAUGAUUUUAAACCUACUCCGGGCUUUUUGGGGGGUCUUCUUUAUUUUCUGGACAGCUUUUAACACAGCCCUAGUGGAUGUGGUCGGAUCGGAGCAGCAGAUCCCCUUGUCGGUUGUAAAGCUCUGGGCCUCUGCUUUUGGUGGGGAGAUCAAAUCCAUCGCAGCUAAAUACUCAGGUUCCCAGCUUCUGCAAAAGAAAUACAAAGAAUACGAGAAGGAUGUUUCAAUAGAAGAAAUUGAUGGCCUUCAGCUUGUGAAAAAGCUAGCAAAAAGUAUGGAAGAAAUGUUUCAUAAAAAGUCUGAAGCUGUACGGCGUCUUGUUGAAGCUGCAGAGGAUGCUCACUUGAAACAUGAAUUUGAUGCUGAUUUACAGUAUGAAUACUUCAAUGCUGUUCUCAUAAAUGAACGAGAUGAAGAAGGAAACUUUUUAGAACUGGGGAAGGAGUUCAUUCUAGUCCCAAAUGAUCACUUCAAUAAUUUGCCUGUGAACGUCAGCCUGAGUGACGUCCAAGUACCAACCAAUAUGUACAACAAAGAUCCAGCUAUCGUAAAUGGAGUCUUUUGGUCAGAAUCCUUAAACAAGGUGUUUGUCGAUAACUUUGACCGUGACCCUUCUCUCAUAUGGCAGUACUUUGGAAGUGCAAAGGGAUUUUUUAGACAGUAUCCAGGAAUUAAAUGGGAACCAGAUGAGAAUGGAGUUAUUGCAUUUGACUGCAGAAAUCGAAAAUGGUACAUACAGGCAGCUACUUCUCCAAAAGAUGUGGUCAUUUUAGUUGAUGUCAGUGGCAGCAUGAAAGGACUCCGUCUGACAAUUGCUAAGCAAACCGUAUCAUCUAUUUUGGAUACCCUUGGAGAUGAUGACUUUUUCAACAUAAUUGCUUAUAAUGAAGAACUUCACUAUGUAGAACCGUGUCUGAAUGGAACAUUAGUACAAGCAGACAGAGCCAACAAAGAGCACUUCAGGGAACACCUCAACAAACUUUUUGCAAAAGGAAUUGGAAUGCUGGAUAUAGCUUUAAAUGAAGCUUUCAACAUUCUCAGUGAUUUCAAUCACACAGGACAAGGGAGUAUUUGCAGUCAGGCCAUAAUGCUGAUCACUGAUGGUGCUGUCGACACAUAUGAUACAAUAUUUGCAAAGUAUAAUUGGCCAGACAGGAAGGUUCGCAUGUUUACCUAUCUGAUCGGAAGAGAAGCUGCUUUUGCUGACAACCUCAAAUGGAUGGCCUGUGCUAACAAAGGGUUUUUUACUCAGAUCUCUACAUUAGCUGACGUGCAGGAGAACGUCAUGGAAUACCUCCAUGUUCUUAGCCGACCAAAGGUUAUUGAUCAAGAGCACGAUGUGGUGUGGACUGAAGCAUAUAUCGACAGCACUCUCCCUCAGGCUCAAAAGCUUGCUGAUGAUCAGGGAUUGGUUUUGAUGACCACUGUUGCCAUGCCAGUAUUUAGUAAGCAAAAUGAGACUAGAUCCAAAGGGAUUCUUCUGGGAGUAGUUGGCACAGAUGUUCCAGUUAAAGAACUUCUGAAGGCCAUUCCAAAAUAUAAGUUAGGUAUUCAUGGAUAUGCUUUUGCAAUUACAAACAAUGGAUACAUUUUGACGCAUCCAGAACUCAGACCAUUGUAUGAAGAAGGAAAAAAGCGAAGAAAACCCAACUACAGCAGUGUUGAUCUUUCUGAGGUUGAGUGGGAAGACAGAGAUGAUGUGCUUCGAAAUGCAAUGGUGAAUCGGAAAACAGGGAAAUUUUCUAUGGAGGUGAAGAAGACAGUGGACAAAGGGAAACGGGUAUUGGUGAUGACAAAUGACUACUAUUAUACAGACAUCAGGGGUACUCCUUUCAGUUUAGGAGUGGCUCUCUCUAGAGGACAUGGCAAAUAUUUCUUCAGAGGGAACGUAACUAUAGAAGAAGGUUUGCAUGAUUUAGAGCACCCUGAUGUAUCUUUGGCAGAUGAAUGGUCAUAUUGCAACACUGACGUACAUCCUGAACACCAUCAAAUGGCUCAGCUAGAAGCUAUUAAACUCUACCUCACAGGAAAAGAGCCAUUGCUUCAAUGUGAUAAAGAAUUGGUACAAGAAGUUCUGUUUGAUGCAGUGGUGAGUGCACCGAUAGAAGCUUAUUGGACCAGUCUAGCACUAAAUAAAUCAGAAAAUUCUGACAAGGGAGUGGAAGUUGCCUUUCUUGGAACCCGGACGGGGCUAUCUCGUAUCAACCUGUUUGUGGGACCAGAGCAACUUACUAAUCGAGACUUCCUGACAGCUGAAGACAAAGAGAAUAUUUUUAAUGCUGAUCAUUUUCCACUCUGGUACAGAAGAGCCGCCGAGCAGAUACCAGGCAGCUUUGUCUAUUCAAUCCCGUUUAGUACAGAAACAGCGAACAAAAGCAAUGUGGUGACAGCUAGUACUGCCAUUCAACUUUUAGAUGACAGAAAAUCUCCAGUGGUUGCAGCUGUAGGUAUCCAGAUGAAACUUGAAUUUUUCCAGCGGAAGUUUUGGACUGCCAGUAGACAGUGUCCGUCUCUUGAUGGAAGAUGUUCUAUAAGCUGUGAUGAUGAAGCAAUUAACUGCUACCUCAUAGAUAACAAUGGAUUUAUUUUAGUAGCUGAAGACUACAGACAGACUGGGAACUUUUUUGGUGAGAUCGAGGGGGCUGUGAUGAACAAAUUGCUAACAAUGGGCUCUUUUAAAAGUCAAGCAGUUUUCUGUUCUUCUCUUAGAAUUACACUUUAUGACUACCAGGCCAUGUGUAGAACAAACAAAGAGAGUAGCGACAGUGCCCAUAGCUUACUGGACCCUUAUAAUGCCUUCUUUGCUGCAGUAAAAUGGAUAAUGACUGAACUUGUCGUGUUCUUGGUGGAAUUUAAUUUGUGCAGUUGGUGGCACUCAGAUUUAACACCAAAAGCACAGAGAUUGAAACAAACCCUAGAGCCUUGUGAUACUGAAUAUCCUGCUUUUGUUUCUGAACGCACUAUAAAGGAGACCACGGGAAACAUUGCUUGUGAUGACUGUUUCAAGUCCUUUGUCAUCCAGCAAAUCCCGAGCAGCAAUCUCUUCAUGGUGGUAGUAGAUAAUGAGUGCAACUGUGAGUCUAUCUUGCCAAUUACCAUGGAACCCAUAGAAAUAAGAUAUAAUGAAUCCCUUAAAUGUGAACGUUUAAAAUCUCAGAAGAUUAGAAGACGUCCAGAAACUUGUCAUGGAUUUCAUCCUGAAGAGAAUGCAAGAGAAUGUGGGGGUGUUCUAGGCCUUAGUGCUAAACCUACUCUUGUUCUUCUUCCACUGCUUUUGGCAGUUUUCUCAAGGUGACGUUGACUGAUGUGUUCACUUGGCAUGCUAAAUACAUGGAGAAACUGUGAACUGAGAAAUGGUGCAACGUAGAAGACAAGAAAUAUAGUCAAAACAUCAGCAUUUUAUUAUUUUAAACUGUUGAUGAGAUAAACUUAAAGAUAUGUUGAAAAAGGUUUAUCUUUUUACUUUGCAAGUCAUGCAAAUGUGAAUUUGCCAUAUGAUAGUCACAAUUCAUCAAAAAAGGACUUUAAUAGAUAUACACAGGUGUCCAUUACUUUCUGCUUUGUCCCAUUGAAACCAAUUUAAA